AUGUUUCGCGUCAGUUUUAUCUUGUUGCUCGCCUGCUGCGGAGCCAUGAGUGCCACAAUAGAUGUACCCAUGUUGAAGAUGCUGAAUGACCGGGAGAUGCCUGCCAUCGCACUCGGCACCUACUUGGGAUUUGAUAAGGGCGGUGCAGUCACAUCCAAAGACAAGCAACUUCGCAAUGUAGUGAUGCAAGCCAUAGACCUCGGGUACAGACACUUUGACACUGCUGCCAUCUACAACACGGAGGCUGAAGUGGGAGAGGCCAUCAGAAUGAAGAUUGAUGAGGGAGUGAUCAAGAGGGAAGAUGUGUUUCUUACUACUAAGCUUUGGAACACCCACCACAAACGCGAGCAGGUAGCUGUCGCCAUGAAGGAGACACUCAACAAGACCGGGCUGGACUACGUGGACCUGUUCCUCAUGCAUUGGCCUAUCGCACUCAACGAAGACUACAGUCACUCCAAUACGGAUUACUUGGAGACUUGGCGCGCCAUGGAAGAGAUGGUAAAGCUUGGAUACACCAAGUCUAUUGGACUGUCCAACUUCAAUAAACUGCAAGUCGCGACAGUCCUCCAGGAAUGCACCAUAAAACCUGUCGCUUUGCAAAUUGAGGUUCAUCCUCAAAUUAUUCAAGAAGACCUGAUCAGCUACGCCAAAGAUGAAGGCAUCAUUGUCAUGGGCUAUAGUCCAUUCGGUUCCCUAGUCAAGAGAUUUGGUAUGGACCUUCCUGGGCCCAAAAUGGAUGACCCGGUUCUCACGUCUUUGGCCAAGAAAUACGAUAAGACUCCUGCCCAAAUUGUGUUGCGGUGGUUGGUCGACAGAAAAGUAGUCCCGAUUCCAAAAACCGUUAGUCCAAAGAGACUGUUGGAAAACAUCAAUAUUUUCGAUUUCAAGUUGAAAGAAGAGGAAAUCGAGAAGAUUAAUCAAUUCAAUUCUAAUACUCGAUACACAUUGCCUUCAUUCUGGCAGAAGCACCCCUUUUAUCCAUUUGAUAUGGUCCCAAACCCCAUCCCUGAUCCUUUUAGGUCUGAAAUUAAGUCCUAA